GCGGCGGAAAUGCGGCGGCGCGGCCCGAUGUGCCUCAGGAGAGCGCUAAAGGGUGGCGCCCGGCACUUGCCUCUCCACCACGACAUCGCCUGCUCUCCUCUCCUCUCCACGUCCUCACGCGCAGCAGCAGCAGCGCACCAUGCAUCUCCGUCUCCUCCUGCCGCUCCUCGCGGUCCUUGUGCUCGGCGCCAGCACGGGCGCACAGCAGCAGGCCAGCUCGACGGCCUCGCGCGCCGCCUCGUCGACGGCCUCGCGCAGCGGCUCCGCCAGCGCAGCGGCCACUGCAUCGGCGGGCACCAACUCGACGAACACCAACGGCACCGCCACCAACGGCACCAUGACCAACUCGACCAUGAGCGGCAACAGCACAAACACCACCACCACGACGCGGCCGCCCAUCACUGCCACGGCCUCCGAGAUCACGACGGGCGCGCUCGCAGGCACGGCCGUGGCGCCGGCACCCAACGCCAACGUGCCCGGCAUCGCAAAGGGGCCGGACGACAGCUACGUCAACGCCGCAGAGAUGCUCGCCGCCGGCUCGUUCGCCUUGACAGUCGCCCUCGGCGGCGCCUUGCUCUUCUAG